GGGCACCAGAGCCGGGACCACGCAGCCACUGAGCGGACAGCGCCGCCUCAGGAGGGGGCUACCCCGCCGCUUCUCCAGCUCCGCACCAAGGCGAAGUCCCGCGAGCAAGGUCCAGGUUCCAGCAACGGAGGAUGCCCGGGACCGGGAGCCAACAGGGCUCGCUAAUAAUGAUACCGAGCACUGACUGGAGGGCUGGCUUCCGGGUGUACCAGGCUCUGGGUGAAGUAGUUUCCAAACCUUAGAGCUCAAUACUCUCCAUCUUGGCUCUGGAAGAGCCCAGGAUUCUCCUCAGCUGAGAGGAGUGGCUCCUAAACUCAUGGAACCUUCAGCCACUCCUGGGGCCCAGCCUGGAGUCCCCGCUAGCAGCGGGGAACCCUUCCGUCUGCCUCCAGACUAUGAGGACGAGUUCCUCCGAUACCUGUGGCGCGAUUAUCUCUACCCGAAGCAGUACGAGUGGGUUCUCAUCGCAGCCUACGUGGCCGUGUUCCUCAUAGCCUUGGUGGGCAAUACCCUGGUCUGCCUGGCCGUGUGGCGGAACCACCACAUGAGGACAGUCACCAACUACUUCAUUGUCAACCUGUCCCUGGCAGAUGUGCUGGUGACUGCCAUCUGCCUGCCUGCCAGCCUGUUAGUGGACAUCACCGAAUCGUGGCUCUUUGGCCAUGCUUUGUGCAAGGUCAUUCCCUAUCUCCAGAUGAGGCUCAGAGAGGGCCGUGUCGGUGUCAGUGGCAGUGCUGACUCUCAGCUUCAUCGCCCUGGACCGCUGGUAUGCCAUCUGCCACCCACUGUUGUUCAAGAGCACAGCUCGCCGUGCCCGUGGCUCCAUCCUGGGCAUCUGGGCUGUGUCGCUGGCCGUCAUGGUGCCCCAGGCUGCUGUCAUGGAGUGCAGCAGUGUGCUGCCCGAGCUAGCCAAUCGCACCCGGCUCUUCUCUGUCUGUGAUGAGCACUGGGCAGAUGAACUCUACCCCAAGAUCUAUCACAGCUGCUUCUUCAUUGUCACCUACCUGGCCCCACUGGGCCUCAUGGCCAUGGCCUAUUUCCAGAUCUUCCGCAAGCUCUGGGGUCGCCAGAUCCCUGGUACCACAUCAGCCUUGGUUCGAAACUGGAAGCGGCCCUUGGAACAACUGGAGGUUCAGCACGAGGGCCUGUGUACAGAGCCCCAGCCCCGGGCCCGAGCCUUCCUGGCUGAGGUGAAGCAGAUGCGAGCUCGGAGGAAGACGGCUAAGAUGCUGAUGGUGGUCCUGCUGGUGUUUGCGCUCUGUUAUCUGCCCAUCAGUGUCCUCAAUGUCCUUAAGAGAGUGUUUGGGAUGUUCCGCCAAGCCAGCGACCGGGAAGCCGUCUAUGCCUGCUUCACCUUCUCCCACUGGCUGGUGUACGCCAACAGUGCCGCCAACCCUAUCAUCUACAACUUCCUCAGUGGCAAAUUCCGGGAGCAGUUCAAGGCUGCCUUCUCCUGCUGCCUGCCUGGUCUGGGUCCCGGCUCCUCUGCCAGACACAAGUCCUUGUCCUUGCAGAGUCGUUGCUCGGUCUCCAAGGUCUCCGAGCAUGUCGUGCUGACCACCGUCACUACCGUGCUGUCCUGAGUGGGGCCGGCCCAGGCUCUGGGAGACCUGGUCCUUUGCCUGGGGUCUGCCCCAGCAGUCACGGGAGGACUGCUGCGGCUCAGCGAGAGGCUGCGCGAUUCCAGUCCUGGCUUUCUGCCACAGUCAUCCCCUCUCUGAGGUUGUCCCCUAAGCUGGGUGGAUAGGGGCUUAAGCUGCUCAAGAAAGCAGAGAGUGUUGUAAACUGUCUAGUGCUGUGGGCGUGGUUGCUGUCAUCCCUGUCUCAUAUGGCUCUACCCUACAGUGUCACUUCACCCUAUCAGAGCUUGGCUUUCCUCCCAAAGACCUGUCUUCUACUCAAUUAUAGGCCUUUCCUGGCUGGAGUCUGCUCCAAAGGUCCCCACAGACAUAUUCACCUGGCCUGAAGGCCACCGGAAGCCAGGACUACACACGGCCUGCUGCACCAAUGUGUCCCUGUGAACUAAUUUGGGUUCAGCCCUUCUCAGUGAGCUCUGAAGCACGGUCCACCCUCUCCAGGUGUGGACUGCACGCAGCACAGGCUGGAGCUCGUUGGCAUUGUGGAAUGCUUAAACACUCUCCAUGUGGCCGUUCGUUCAGCAUGGAGGCCAGCAGCCCGUAGCAACUGUAAUUAAAAGCCUGGCACUGAA